AUGGCAGAACUAUCACAAGAAGGAAGCUUUUCGCUUGAUGAUUUCGAAAGAAGUAUUGUGGAGAAUGCGGCUGCAUUGCCAAAUGUAGACAACCUCACAACAUGUAACUGUCGCGGGUAUUGUCUUCGAGAGAAAGGCCGAAACUUUUGUCCAUGCAAAAGCAUUAAUAGCUUUUGUUCCGAAGCGUGCCAUGGGGACGGUUUUAGUUGUUGCAUGAACAAUAGGAGAGUGCAAGAAAGUGACUCUGAUGAUACAGUAAGAACAUUUAAAACAUUUUUUGUCUUUAAAUUUUACAAGUUAUCAAUUGCAAAUAUAUAUAUAUAUAAAUAUAUAUAUAUAUAUAUAUAUGUAUAUAUAUAUAUAUAUAUAUAUAUGCAAUUUAAUAGCAUUUCUCACGAAGGCCAAAUUCGCCAUAUUGGGGGUACUUUUUUGAAAACGACGUGAAAAAUCUAAGCAAUGUGAAAACAUUUUUUUCAAAUAUUUAACUGUAAAUUAACUUAAUAUGAUUAUACUCACAAUUAUAGUUAUACAAAUCCCUUAUUCACUGCGUACAAUCUCAGAUUUGGAAAAGGCAGUACCCCAAAAAUGGCGACGUGAGAAAGUCUAAUUGAUUUUUGUUAUAAAUAAUUGUGCAUAAUUUAAUACUAAUUCACUUGAAUUCAACUCAGUACCAUUUGCUAUAAUUUUAGGAUUCUGAUUUAUAUAUGCAAGAGGAUGAAAGAGAAGGAAAUGGGAGUGAAGAAGAAAACAAAAGUGAAGAAGAUAACGAAAGUGAAGAAGAAACUGAAAGUGAGAAAGAGCUGGAGAUGCAAGAGAAUCGAAAGAGAAAGAAGGGGCAAACACGUGGCAGAGGAAGAGGUCGUGCAAGGGGGAGAGGUAGAGUGGCAGACCAAGGGAUUGGACAACAAGGAGGUCGUGGACAAAGAGGUUGUGGUAGAGGAAGUCGUGGUAGAGGAAGAAGUCGUGGUAGGGGAGGUCGUGGGCGUUUAAUUGAACAGCCAAAUGCUGCAGAAAUUCUAGCCAACCAUGAACAAGAAUUGGAUGUAAGAAAACUCUUUUUAGUCUGACUGAGCUAGUAUUAAAACAGUUAAAUACUUUUAAGUUGUUAUCCCAUAUCAUUAAGAUCAAGGCUAGAAAAAUUAAAAAUGAGCUGAUCUUGAUCUUGACCAAGUAGGCCUUUUAUUUGAAAUAUAUACUAAAAUUUACUAAGAGUCUAUUUUUUAGGACCUAAUAGAAGCAAUGGAUUUUGUCAGCCUGAAAGACUUUGCAAAAGCACUGUUGAGGAGGCAGCCAGGAGCAUAUGCUGAUGUUGUGAAUGGUGAGUUGCCAGGUGCAAAUCAACCCCCACCACCGAGCCCAGAACCAGAAAAUCCGGCCCCUGCAUGGUGCAACUGUGGACACUGUGUUGUCAUGCCAACUCAGGAGGAGAACAAAUGCUGUUCUGAAAGACCAGGACGUAGCUGCAUCUCAAGAAGCAAUCUAUUUAGGCAAGUGAUUCUUGAUGGCAAUGUAUUGGAUCUUGCAAUGCGAUACAGGGAGGAUAUGCUUGUUCUAAAUGAAGUUAGGAACAAUGAAAACUUUCGACAUGCAGCAUAUCGACAAUUUGUAUUAUGGCAAUAUGGCAAGUUGGGAAGGGGCAACAGAAGAGUUGUUCCGAGCUGCUGUGUCACAACAAUACGUGCAUCUUACCCUUCGCCGAAUGGUAUUUAUACAGGCUAUCGGCCUUCACGUUUGUAGACAUUUAUUUUGUUAAAGACACACAAGUCACUAUUUGAGCAAUGGUAUUCAUUUUAA